UGCAAAUUCCAUUACUUUCUAAAACCCCAAAACCCUAAUCUCUGCUCCUCUUUAUAACCCAAAGAUAACAAAGGAGUUUUCAUCGCAUUCUCCAGACCUUACCUUCAACUUCCUCAAAGAAACCAAUUUGAAGUUUGGGAGCAGUAGAAGAGAAGAGAGCAAUGACCAACCCAAAAGUUUUCUUGGACAUUCUGAUUGGGAGGGUGAAAGCAGGCCGGAUUGUCAUGGAGUUAUUUGCAGACACAACUCCAAAAACCGCUGAGAAUUUCCGAGCCCUCUGCACGGGAGAGAAGGGGAUUGGAAGAUCUGGGAAACCACUGCACUAUAAAGGCUCAAAAUUUCACCGUAUAAUUCCAGAUUUCAUGUGCCAAGGAGGAGAUUUCACAAAGUCUAAUGGAACAGGAGGAGAAUCAAUCUAUGGCUUGAAAUUUGCAGAUGAAAACUUUAAGUUGAAACACACUGGACCAGGUAUGGUAUCAAUGGCGAAUGCUGGACCAAACACCAAUGGUUCUCAGUUCUUCAUUUCCACUUCGGGGCCAUUGUCAUGGCUUGAUGGGAAGCAUGUUGUGUUUGGCAAAGUUGUGGAUGGUUAUGAUGUGGUGGAGAAGAUGAAUGAGAAGGGUACAGAAUCGGGGGACCCUAAGGUUCCAGUUGUGAUUGAAGAUUGUGGGCAGAUAACUGAGAGCUGAAGUAGAAUUUCCCCUUUCAAUUGAAGCUAAUGUUUCUUUGGGUGAUCCCUGUAGAUUGGAUUAACAAUUUAAAUCAGCACCAUGUUAGUCCGUAAGUACCACGUCAAUGUGGAGUUAUAUUAAAAAAAUUAACAAUUUUUUGAAAAGGGACAUUUUUAAAAAUCAAAAGUUUUGGAUUCUAUA